CUGCCUUCCCAACAAAAGCUCUCUCCUAGAAUCACAAACUUGUCUUCUUCAAAACCCACAAUGUCAUCACAAUUUGAUUCCAAAUUUGAUGAGAUCCGAUGGGUCAUUCAGAUCCGUCGAACCCUUGAAGAAGAGAUUGAGGAGACUAUCGAAGUCCCAGUGUGCAUAUUCAAUGUCCCUAAAGCCCUUAUGGUUAGUGAUCCAGAGUCUUAUACUCCACAACAAGUUGCUCUUGGUCCUUACCACUAUUGGCGUCCAGAGCUCUAUGAGAUGCAAAGGUAUAAGCUAGCUGCAGCAAAAAGAUCUCAAAAGCAACUCCAAUGUCUUUACUUCCAAAAUCUUGUUGACCAAUUGAUAAAGAUUGAGCCAAGGAUCCGAGCGUGCUAUCAUAAGUACUUGGACUUCAAUGGAGAAACUUUAGCAUGGAUGAUGGGCAUUGAUGCAUCAUUCAUGCUUGAGUUCCUUCAAAUUUACGCCAUUCAAGAAGCAAAGGUGAUAACGAGAGUUUCCUCUAGGAUGUCACACUUGGUGGACUAUGCAGGAAGAAAGUCGGCACAUAAUACAAUUCUUAGAGAUAUGGUAAUGCUAGAGAAUCAAAUUCCUUUAUUUGUAUUAAGGAAGAUGUUGGAAUUCCAAUUCCCAUCUUUAGAAGCUGCCGAUGAUAUGUUGCUUUCAAUGUUAGUGGGGUUAUGCAAAGAGCUUUCACCAUUCAAGCGUGUGGAAGAAUUGCCAAAGAUUCCAGUUCCAGAUUGUGCACACUUGCUAGACUUUUUGUACCACAUGGUCGUGCCGACAGUGGAAGAACCAUCAGAAAUAAUUGAAGUUGAGGAUCAUAAUGAAGACAUGCAAGGCAAGGAAAAAUCUUCUUCAGAUUCAAGUUAUGUGAAACAACUUCUCGAUGUGAUUUGGAACAUGCUUUCCAAACUAAACCGUGGUCCAAUAAGCCUCAUCAAGAAGGUACUAGUCUCUAGACCUGUAAAAGUCGUUCUAAAAUUGCCUUGGACAAUCCUCUCUAACCUUCCCGGAUUCGCAAUCUUAAAACAACCCGUUGAGUAUUUCUUUUUCUCUCAAGACAAAGCAGGGGUCAAGCCAGAAGAUGAAACUUCAGGCUUAAACAAUAACAUCAAUAAACCACCAUUGGUAGAGGAAAUCACAAUCCCUUCUGUGAGUGAUCUCUCAAAAGCUGGAGUCAAAUUCUUACCCACAAAUGGUAGCAUUUUAACCAUUACUUUUGACGUAAAGACAGUCACUUUUUACCUCCCCACCGUUAGUUUAGAUGUUAACACUGAGGUGAUAUUGAAAAACUUAGUGGCAUAUGAAGCUUCAAAUGCAUCAGGGCCAUUGGUUUUUACACGUUACACUGAGUUAAUGAAUGGUAUUAUUGAUACUGAGGAGGAUGUGAAAGUACUUAGAGAAAGAGGGAUCAUUUUGAACCGAAUGAAGAGCGAUGGAGAGGUGGCAAACCUUUGGAAUGGAAUGAGCAAGUCAAUCAGAUUGACAAAAGUACCAUUUUUGGACAAAGUGAUUGAAGAUGUGAACAAGCAUUACAAUGGCAGAUGGAGUGUCAAAAGUGGAAAGUUCUUUAAGAUUUACGUUUUUGGGUCUUGGCAGUUUCUCACAUUUCUGGCUGCGGUUAUGCUUUUGGUCAUGAUGGCAAUGCAAGCCGUUUGCUCUGUUUAUAGCUGUGCUCGCAUACUUCGAAUCAACACCACACGGUGAUUUAUCGUGAUGCUUCUCUAUGCUAACAAGAGUAAUGCUAUAGGCAACUAUUUUAACAAUAGU